CGACGUCUCGUUCCCUCGUACUAGCUCGUCUCGUCUCUUCUCUACCCCAAUCCCGUUCUCUCCCUUUCCCCCCACCCCACCCCCAACCCCGUGCCGCGGCCUCGCCGAUCGAUCGAUCGUGCGCUCCACCUCCUCGAGCUCCCUCCCUCGCCGCCGCCGCCGCCGCGCGCCGCCGGUUCGACGCCUUCUUCGCGCUCUCAGGCAUAGAAAAGAGGAAGAAACAAAGGAUACAUCAUUAUGUUGCGACGCUGGUUCUGCUGCACUCAGUUUCACGCACCAUAUCGUGAACACGAAAAUGAAUUUCCUGACAUCCCAGAGGAGAAAGAAGCAGGAAAUGGUUUUGCUCCCAAAAGUGAUGAUCCCACAAAAGCACCUCCUCCCAUUGAAGUACCAGAAUUAUCAUUUGAUGAACUGAAAGAGAAAACUGAUAAUUUUGGUUCAAAGGCUUUAGUUGGUGAAGGAUCAUAUGGAAGAGUGUAUUAUGCUACUCUAGACAACGGAAAGCAAGUUGCUGUUAAAAAGCUUGAUGCUUCAACAGAACCUGAGGUUGAUAAUGAUUUUUUGACACAGGUGUCCAUUGUGUCAAGAUUAAGACAUGAAAAUUUUGUGGAAAUGCUUGGUUACUGUGUGGAAGGAAAUCAGCGCCUAGUGGCCUACGAAUUUGCUACGAUGGGUUCUCUGCAUGAUAUUUUGCAUGGAAGAAAGGGUGUCCCUGGUGCACAACCUGGCCCAGCACUUGACUGGAUGCAGCGAGUGAGAAUUGCUAUUGAUGCUGCUAAAGGGCUAGAAUAUCUUCAUGAGAAGGUCCAACCUUCUAUAGUCCAUCGGGACAUACGCUCUAGCAAUGUUCUUCUAUUUGAGGACUACAAAGCAAAAAUUGCAGAUUUCAAUCCUUCAAAUCAGUCUCCUGAUAUGGCUGCUCGUUUGCACUCAACUCGUGUCCUUGGAACCUUCGGCUAUCAUGCUCCCGAGUAUGCCAUGACUGGCCAGUUGACUCAGAAAAGUGAUGUAUAUAGUUUUGGAGUUGUUCUUCUAGAGCUUCUAACAGGAAGGAAACCAGUAGAUCACACAAUGCCUAGGGGUCAGCAGAGUCUGGUUACAUGGGCAACACCUCGUUUGACAGAGGACACUGUGAAACAAUGCGUUGACCCGAGACUGAAGGGCGAGUAUCCCCCAAAAGGGGUUGCCAAGCUCGCAGCGGUGGCGGCACUCUGUGUGCAAUACGAGUCUGAGUUUAGACCAAGCAUGAGCAUUGUGGUCAAGGCACUCUCCCCUCUUCUCCAGCAUAAACCGCCACCGCCACCAGCCGUUGCUCCUGAGACCUGAGCUCCAGAUUCAACUGCUUCUUAUGCUUUUACUUCCGAGUUUCAACAUGGAUGUAAAGAGGGAUGGAAUUUCUUCAUCGGUCCCUGUCGUUACUGUUUCAUGCUUGCCAAUUGGUUACCAUGCCGUUUAAGUACUGGUCCUGUGAGCUUUACAAUAGAUUUUUGGUGUUUACACUCGGAGCUUUCCUUGUCAUUCCUUUCAUGUGUGCUUAUGCUGAGUGCUGUGCUGCCUUCGUUGGUCGGCAAAGUUGUGUUUUUAGCUGCCCAGCGGUGGUGAUCACCGAAUAAUCUUGUUCUGAGUUGAACUGUGACAUGGGAAGGUUCUAAAUCUAACUGUUCAUGGCUUGACAUGCU